CUUCAAGUAAAACAUAAUGUUGUGUUCGAUUUAUUUUUCACUAUUUUGCUUUCUUAACAGUGAUUUGUGAAAAUUUUCAAAUCUGGUUUUGUGCAUGAGAUGAAAAAAAAACAACAAAAAUAAUAAUUAUCAAAAUAAACACACGAUUUUCCCUUUUCCACUUGAAAACACCAAUAAAUGUUGUUAAGAUUGGGUGCAAAGUGUAAGUGAUGGGUGGUAGACCCACAGAAGCAACCGGAUACGCCCAAAAAUAUCAAAUAAAUAAACCAACUGGAAACUCAUCGACAAAAAAGUCUUAAAAUCAAAUUGGAAAAUUGUUUAUUAAACAACAAAAACCGCCAAUCAAAGACAAAUACUGUGUGCAUGUGAGCAUUUCAAGUGCAUUAAUUCAAUUAAAGCUCAAAAUUUUGAUUUAAAGUAAAGUGAAAAGGAUUUUUUUUCGGCUACCGAAAGUGAAGUGUGAGAAAAGAAAGAAAAAAAAGACGUGCGGGGGGAAAACAAUUGAAAGACAGAAAGCUUUAGCCAAUAAAAAGCCCCAAUAUGAAUAAAUGGAGAGACGCAUAAUGUGAAAAAAAAGGAAUUGAAAAGAGAAAAAGAAAAAAAUUAGGUUAAGAAUCUUAAUUCGUUAGAUUCUUAAUUCUGCAUUUGUGAAAUCAUAGAAAACAAAUCGUGAACAGCGUUUGUGUUCUUUAUCAUAUUGAAAGCUUUUCUUAAUAAAAUAAAACAUCGAACAGGGUAAAAAUCAAAGGCUUCAACCUUUUUCAAUUUCUUGCCUUAUUGCAUCGCGCAAUUUGGCAUGGGCGAUCGCAAAGUAAUCAACAAUAACCGCGGGCCAGAAUGAAGGAGAUGGUCGGUGGAUGUUGCGUAUGUUCCGACGAAAGGGGCUGGCCUGAAAAUCCCCUCGUCUAUUGUGAUGGUCAAAAUUGUAUGGUUGCGGUUCAUCAGGCAUGUUAUGGAAUUGUAACAGUGCCGACAGGACCUUGGUAUUGUCGUAAAUGUGAAUCACAAGAGCGCUCAGCAAGAGUGCGAUGUGAGCUUUGUCCGUCGCGCAAUGGUGCACUUAAAAAGACGGACAAUCAAGGAUGGGCACACGUCGUGUGUGCUUUGUACAUUCCCGAAGUUCGAUUUGGCAACGUAUCGACAAUGGAGCCGAUCAUUCUUCAACUUAUACCACCCGAACGGUAUAACAAAUCAUGUUACAUUUGUGCAGAAAUUGGAAAGGGUUCGAAAGCAACAGCUGGUGCUUGUAUGCAAUGCAACAAAUCAGGUUGCAAACAACAAUUUCAUGUAACAUGUGCACAACAAUUAGGAUUAUUAUGUGAAGAAGCUGGAAAUUAUUUGGAUAAUGUCAAGUAUUGCGGUUACUGUCAACAUCAUUACAGUAAAUUGAAGAAAGGAGGAAAUGUUAAGCCGAUUCCACCUUAUAAGCCUAUAACGCAUGAGACAAACUCAAGUGAUUCACCAUCAUCACCAGAGAAAGACGCUGAUGUGUCUCAUCAAUCGUCGCGUUCUCAAUCAAGUCGACCUAUCGAUCCACUCGCUACAACUUCAUUAUCGACAUCAUCUUCAUCUUCCAGCAGUAAACAAAAAAAAUCGAGCAGCAGUAGCAGUAGCAGCAGUGCAACAAAAAACUUGUCAAGCUCAAACACUCAAAUUCCUUAUUCAAGUAAUUCGAAUCAAUUAUCGAAUGUCAUCUCGACAAGUGGCAGCUCGUCAUCUCGCAAUUCAUCUUCCUCGAAAGACAAAGAGAAGGAUAAAGAUAGUAAACAUAGUUCGAGUAGCAGUGGUGGCAGCAACAGCAGUAAAAGUGUAAAUAAAAUCUCAUCUAGUACAAAUAAUAAGCAUGAUAAAGAUCCAUCGUCAUACUCAUCAUCAUCGUACUCUACAUCGGGCUCAUCGUCCCGCGAUAAGAACAAAUCAUCGUCUUCGUCGACAUCCAAAAGUAGUAGUCAGAAUGUAAGCAAUAAGGAUGACGGCGUUACCGGCAAUAGUCAUAAUUCUAAAACUUCAUCACAACCCUCGUCAUCAUCAGCAACAACGAUUCGAAUAACCACUUCAAGUGCAACACCAACUUCACCCGUAUCUACAAUCAUUCAUAAACACGAUGGCAACAGUAGCAGUUCAUCGAAAGAUAACAACGUUGUACAAACAUCAACUAAUGCCGCUAUAAUGACAUCGCAAGUACAACAAAAUCAAAAUUCUUUAAAAUCAAGUGAUGAUGAUGUAAAGACGAGUAGUUGGCAUCAUCAUAACAAUAUGGGAGGAUCAAAGAUGACAAAUUAUCCAUCAGGAAGUUCAAUUGUGAAUUCUGAUGGUGUAAAUGACAACAGUAAUGAUGCAAAUAAAGCAAAUUACAAUGCCAUGACGAAAAAGAGAAAAGCGAUGCAUCAAGCGAACUCAUCGAGUCGAAAUAGUGCCGAUGAGAAUAUAAGCAAAGAUGUGUGUAAAGAUUUAAGUGUCAAAGUCGUGCCCCUUGAAAAGUUGGAUCCAUCUGUCAGCAGUGAAUUUGAGCGGCAUUAUAAGAAGGCACGAACUGAUUUGAAUUCUCAGUCAACUCCAGUUCCAACAUCAUCACCACAAGAGCCAACAAACAUUCAAAACAUCAAUCCAAAUGUCAUACAACAUUCAACAGGCUCAACAACUGUGACAAGCGCUUCAUCUCAUACUUCUGCUCCGCCAUCAACAACAACAUCGCCGGCAUCUGGAAGUGGAGGAUCGUCAAAUAAAUCGCAAGUUAUAACACAAAAUCUUCAUGUGAAAGUGAGCGGUGGAGUUGUGAAGGAUGAACGUCAGCAGCAGCCGGAAAGUCUUGUUGUGUCAGUUCCAUUAUCGUCAGCUACAACAGUACCUGGUAUUCAAUUGCCAACAACAAAUAGCAGUAAUAACAGUAGUAGUAAUCAUUCAAUAGUCUCAACAAUUGUCAACACAAAUCAAGUUCCAUCGUCGCAAACCCCGUCAGCACCUUCAAUGUCAUCAUCGUCUGGCCCGCCACUUGGUAGUUUGUAUCAGCAUUUAACAAAUAAUCAAUCAGGAAAUCAACGAGCAAGUCCGUUAAUUCAACAAACUAUGGGAAGAGCGUCACCGAUAACACCAACGCCGAAUCUUUUGGCAACUGACGGUCACGGUUCAAGCAAUCACACAAGCGUACUUCAAAACAUGAACACAGGAACCGGCGGUGUUAUCUCAUCAGCAGCCUUUCAGAGUUCCAACACGAGCAUAACCGAAACAAGUUCAACAGGAAUGUUAAAAGUGACAUAUGAAAAGCAGACGCCAUCAAGAAUUCAAGCGAUUCAACAAGAAGAGACAAGUCGUAGAUCGAGAUCGCAAACAAAUGAUGGCAAGAAAGGCAAAAAGCGCACAACCACUGAAUCAUCUUCAAGUCGCAUAAAUCACUCAAUUAGUAAUAAUAGUAAAGGGACGAUCGCGUCCAAUCACGCACGAAAUCAUAAGUCGAAUAAAAUUAACACUAAAAAUAAAGUUGAUUUGAGUAAUGAUGAUGAUAAUAUUGGUGCCGGUAGUCUUUUGAUCGGUAGUGGUUCAGCUUCUAAUGUGCACUCAAGCACCAGCAACAACACACACACGACAUCAACAUCAACGACACAAUCGGCGAUUGUAAAACUUUCACCUGCACCGUCAUCGACGGGUAGUGCACGAACUUCAUCGCCGAUAGUUAAUGUUACGAUUAUGAAGAAAUAUCGAGAUGAACCAUCUACUUCCAGAACACCCGAUAUGCCAUAUCAUGGAAGUCUUCCAACAGCUGGUGGCUUAAAAUUCGGUUACGAGCAACAACAGCCGGCUGGAUUGGUGAUCAACACAAACACAACACCAGCAAUGCAACAUGCAUUGAAAGAAUCACCACCAAGUUCACCGGGAUCGGAAGCAAGUGCAAAGAAGCGAAGAAAAGCUGGAAGUGGAAAUUCUCAUAUUAGUCAACCAUCACCUGUCAGUUACAUGCAUUCCGAAUCUCUUAAAGAGAAGGAAUCAAAAACCAUACUUCAGAAUGGUGCAAUUCCACUUUCGACGCAUCAUAUGCUUGGCAAUCAAUUGAAUCCGAGCAGUAGUGUUGCUAAGAACAUGACAGAGACGUUGAAUAUGGAGAUUGAAGCGCACAGUAUUUAUUCGCAUGAUCCGCCUGUGAAUCUCGUUGGUCCGCAAUAUCCUGGAAGAAAGGAAUCGAAUAAACUUUCAUCGUCAACCUCGUCGUCAUCAACCACAACAUCAUCUGGACCAGCUUCGCUCACUUCAAUGCUUAGUGGAGCUUCGUCAUCAAAUGGCGCACCACAAAGUCUUGAACAACUUCUUGAACGACAAUGGGAGCAAGGAUCACAAUUUCUUAUGGAACAAGCUCAGCAUUUUGACAUCGCUUCACUUCUUUCGUGCUUACAUCAGUUAAAAAUUGAAAAUUCUCGUCUUGAAGAUCACAUAAAUGGUCUCGUUUCACGACGCGAUCAUCUUCUUGCUGUUAAUGCUCGUUUGGCAAUUCCACUUGGUCAACAAAGUUCAACGAAUCAAGCAACACAUCUGAAUAAUGGUCCUUUAGAGACUUCACCUACUACGCAACAACCGCCACAACCUUCACAACAACAACAACAACAACAACCACCUCCACCUGUGACCAUAAGUAACAAGCGACCUGCUCCAAUAAAUCCGGUUAACACGAUUCAAGUGCCACCAAUUGAGAAUGGACUCGACUAUCGAGGACAUCAUCCUAUGAAUUCAACUCAUCAACAACAAUCGUCAUCGGUUCAACAGCAGCAACAGCAAAGCAGCAAUAUAAGACAUUCACCAGCCAUUUUAAAAGGUAAUACAACAACGCAAGUGGUGACAAUUGAUGCCGUUAAUCUCAAUCAUCCGCAACAACAACAACAUUCACAUCAAUUUCAACAACAAAAUGCUCAAUUUCAACAAAUUUAUCAGCAACAAAGUCAUGUGAAUUCAGUACGAAAUCGACAAGGAAAUUCAUUUCAAUCACAAUCAGCACCGGUUGGUUACACGACUGUACAUAAAACCAAAAAUUAGCAGAAUGUGAGUUGUUGGGGUAGACAUUUAAGAUGAAAUAUAAGAAAGAAAACAAAGGAAAGAAAAAGUGUAAAUAGGGUUAAAGAAACGGUUUUCAUCCUGGUUUAAAGUUUUUCGAAAAUGUCCGAGAUUUUCCGAAAUCAGCAAAGUCCGUGUUGGGAAUCAGCAUAACCCGGACAAGAAUAAUAUGAGAAACUUUACAACUUUUUGCGUCAUUACACAUUGAUUUCUCGUCUCUUAACUGGAUGAAGUAGUAAAUAAUGAAUACAAAACGAUAAUUCAUCAUUUUCUACUUCAUUCAUUUAAUUAUCUGCACAUUUUGUGUUCUGCCUUUCCACAAGACAUUUUUUGUUUCUUUUAGUUCGAAUUUCAUUCUUAAGACUGCCAAUUCUAUUAAAUAAUAAUAUUGUAAAGAUAAAAACAAAACCGUUAAUGCCAAAUUCAAAGACUUAACAUUACGACACACAACAAAAAGGAAGAAAAUUUCAUUUUUGUUUUCAUAAUUUUACGGUUAUGUUUAUAAAUAUCACAAGAUGAUCAGUUUGAGUAAUUUUUUUUGUUGAAAAGAAAGUCAAUCGAAUUGUAUGAAAAAAGAAAGAAAAUCGUUCUGAGUUCGAGUACAAAAAAAAUUACGCAAUGUGAUCUCAUAAAAAUAUUUGUCGUACCAAAAGAAUGAGAAUUAUUGAGAUUAACGGCUAAACCGGGAAAAAAAGUAUAAAAAUUAGCCACAUCUUGGCCAUAAAUUACAGAGCAACACAACAUAAAGCAGGAAGUGGCAAAUCGAACAAAGUGAAAAAGGGAAUGAAAAUUAUAAAAAGUAUCUUAAUGCGAGUAAAAUUUGAUGAUCAACUAUUUAUCGCUACUAUUUAAAAAAAGUUUCCUGUAAAAAAUAAUGAAAAACUUAGUUUAACAGAAUUUUUUCCUCAAUUUUUUAAACAUUUUUGCAUAGAUGAAAACUUUUCUUGUGAAUCGAAGGAAAGAGAUUGAAGACAUGAAAAAGAAAUGUCUUAAAAUUUUUUAAGGGCUUUAGUCGCAUGAAUAAUGAAACUUUUAAGGGAAACUAUUUAAUUUUAAUUAGCGAAAAUUUACACAUAAAUACGUGAAAUAAGAAAUAAAAGCAAAAACAUAAAAUAAAAAUUAAAUAUUAAAGUUUAGUUGCUGUUUCGUUUAAGGUGAAAGUUUUAAAGGCUUUAAAGAUUGUGACAGUUUCAAUCUUUUAAUCCUUUCAAGACGCUCAUGUAAUGUCCCAAUAUGUGAAUGUAUAAUUUAGUCGUUAAUGCAAGUAAUUUAAAGGAUGUAAAAUUAGUUUAGAGGAAUGUGACAUAAGUAAAGAAAAGAGGAAGAGUUUUAGUGAAUAAUAAUCAGCAAUCUUGUGUUUUUUAUGGAGAGAAUUCUUUUGUUCCUUUUUUUUUAGAUGUGGCUAAGAAUUGAGGAAGAUUUGGUG